GGGCGCCUGAGGCAAAAAACAAAACCCGAACAAGUCUUGCCGUCCGCAUGGCUGCCUGUUCACCCUAAACCACAACAGCCCCACAUUCAUCGCGCAGGAAAGCGGCCCCGGUCACAGAAGCUCCUCAGCAACCCUUCUGCGGAAAAGCGGGCGUCGAGGCGCCCCAGAAGUUCCCUCAGAGCGUGCAGCCUUGCGGGUAGCCAGCAGAGGGCAGGGCCUGCCGCGGCCUCCUCGCCCGGCGCGCUGCGCUUUCCCCGCGUCGUCGGUAGCUCCGCUCGCUGUGGGGCGGCGCCGCUUCCACCAGCAACCUCCGUCGUGGCGGAGGGCCUUCCCGCCAGAGGCCGGGCGAGCAAACGGGCGAGCGCCAAGAUGCCGCUGGGCCUGAAGCCGACCUGCAGCGUUUGCCGCACCACCUCCUCUUCCAUGUGGAAGAAAGGAGGCCAGGGCGAGAUCCUGUGCAACAACUGUACGGGCCGGCCCGGGCCCGCCGGCUCUGGCGGAGCUGGCUACGCCACCACUUCGGCCGCCGCACAGCACAGCAACGGCGGCGGCGGAGGGGGAGGCGGCGGCGGCGGUUCGGGUGGAGGGAAGAGUAAGCAAGAAAUUCAUAGAAGAUCUGCUCGAUUGAGGAACACAAAAUACAAGUCUGCUCCUGCUGCUGAGAAGAAAGUUUCUACUAAAGGAAAGGGGAGAAGGCAUAUUUUUAAGUUAAAAAAUCCCAUCAAAGCACCAGAGUCGGUAGCUACCAUAGUUACAGCAGAGUCUAUCUUCUUUAAGGGAGUUUACUAUCAGAUUGGAGAUGUUGUUUCAGUGGUUGAUGAGCAAGAUGGUAAAACAUACUAUGCUCAAAUUAGAGGGUUUAUUCAAGACCAGUACUGUGAAAAAAGUGCAGCUUUAACAUGGCUCAUUCCUACUACAGCUAGCCCCAAAGAUUGUUUUGACCCUGCAACUUAUAUAAUAGGACCCGAAGAAGAUCUUCCAAGAAAAAUAGAAUACUUAGAAUUUGUUUGUCAUGCACCUUCAGAAUAUUUCAAAUCUCGAUCAUCACCUUUCCCUACCAUUCCUACUAGGCCAGAAAAAGGUUUUAUCUGGACUCGUGUUGGGCCUACUCCAGCAAUCUCAAUCAAAGAAACAGUUGCCAGCAGCCUGUAGAUUAUCUUGUUUGAGACUCAAACUCAUAUGUAUAUUAAAUUUGCUACAAAUA